GACGUUAGACCUACGUAGUACGGUAGUUACAUCACGUUGCCGGCUUGCCACUUCCUCCACACUACGUGCGAUCUGAAGCUCUGAAGACUGCUAAACAUUUGAGGGACAAUUUGUUUUCAGGCGAUUCAUUUGACGACACACCCCGUUAACAGUCAAGAUGUCUGAUUAUGAAGAGAAUGAAUCCAAGUUCAUGCGAAAGGCAAAGGAGAAUCCAUUUGUUCCAGUGGGAAUGGCUGGAUUCUUUGCCAUUGUGGCUUGGAGACUGAUGAAAAUGAAAAAUCGUGGCGAUACAAAAAUGUCAGUUCACCUGAUUCACAUGCGUGUAGGUGCCCAAGGCUUUGUGGUUGGUGCCAUAACCAUUGGGGUUCUGUAUUCAAUGUACAAAGAUUACAUUGUGAAACCCAGAGAAGAACAGAAAGCCUUGAAAGACAAGUGAACAUGGACUCUAAGAUGGACAUUUUAUAUCCCUUAAUAUUACCUCAUGUUAAGGUGUGUUGAAAGUUUAUUUGUACAGAUGUGUGAUAUAUUUUGUAUGCACACAUCCCCUUUAGCAGCUCACCUCUACUGUAAAUUGGUCUGUCCAAUUGAGUACCUCUAAUGCUUAUCCUCUAAUGCCUCCGUUUCACUGACUCAACUCACUUUUGGUUCCUUUACUCAAUUUCAAAUUGUACCCCUGAAAGAAUCGCCUCAUUGUAGGUUGGAUACUCCGCUGAUCGGCAUAGCAGAAUUGUGUGAAUCUGCUGUCAGAUCAUCAUCAACAUGAGAUUUUCGGGAUCUUUUCUUUUUCACCCAAAUAGAGGAACGUCUGCACUUUGUAAAAUGUCUUAGUGUACGACUUUGUAUAAAGGUUCAGCCAAUUGUUUUAGGGGUUUGAGUGAAUGAAAUAAAAGCGGUAUUUAUUGAUGUUAUCUUGGCUAUUUAAAAUAAGGCAGGUUUGAGCAAACUAACUAGUGUUCUGGAGCGUUUUAACUCCACCUAUUAUUUACAGCUCUUCCAGAAGAAGUGUGUUUUAAAUAUCAAAAACUACUAAGUUGGACUAGGCUAAGACUAUAUUUAAAACAACCACCAAUAGGAAAUCAGACAUUUCUCUUCUUUUUUUCUUUGUCUUACACCAGCGAUUUAUUUUUAUGUAAUUACGCAAGUAUUUUUGUCAAAUGGAAACUGAUUGCACCUUGGUCCACUUUAUUUUUAUUUUUUUAACGGACAUCCGAAUGCUUAGGGAGUUUUGCCAACAUCUGGUCUCAAACAAGGCCUGUGUUUAGACAUUAUGUAAACAACAAGGUCACAAAAGGUUUGCGACUCACCCAUAGGGACUCACCACAGUAUCAGAUAGUCACACACAUUUAUAAACUAAUCACACAGAAAUUAAAGAAGGAACAAAACAGGAAACAAAACCACAAAUAUCCUUUGUAUAAAUAAAAUGUGUGUUUUUAUUUCAUAUUUUUUACACAAAAUGAUUGCAAAGGCCAUGUCUUCUUCUUCACAUUUCUGUCAUAAUCUUGUGAUACACUGUGGUCCAAUGUUUCAGAAGAUUGACAAGUCUUCAUGGGACAUAUGAGACUAGGUUACUUGGGUACAUCUUCACACAAUUAAUGAUCAUUAUAUACUGUAGCCUACAUUGGGAUAUGCUUAAAUAGAUGCCUUGUUAAGUUAUUCACCAAGUUAAGUUUUGAAUGUUGUGUGAAAAUACGGAAAUAUUUCUUUUCUGGAAAUACAAAUAAAAGUCUUGUAAUUCUAAAA